AACCUCUGCAUUAAUUUCAAAUCCAAACACAUUUUGAGCAUCACCACUCUCGUUUCCACGUUCUUCCUUUCACCGGAGGAAGAAUGUCGAUGACGGAGGCGGUGAUAAAGAUCGAUCCAUAGCGUUUUUAUUACUGUUUGUUUCCCAUUAUUUGUCUCCAGGGUUUUGGUUUUUGGAUGAUUAGACCUUUAUAUAGGAUUGAAUGGGGAAUUGCUUUGGAUCUUGCUCAAAGAUAAAUGAUAAUGAGGACGAUAAUGUUGACUCUUCAGUGAACUCCAAACCCUUUUCACGAGCUGAUAGUGAUACUGGAAGAAGCUCGAAUCUGUCAUAUCCAUGGAGUUUAAAACCUCUGAUUGCAAGAAAAUGUGAAGCUAACAUCACUCUGCCUGCACCGCGCGGAGAAGGAGACAUAAUGCAUUCUCAAUAUUUGAAGUCCUUUACCUUAGAUGAGCUAAAGAAUGCUACAGGAAACUUCUGUCCAGAAAGUCUAAUUGGGGAAGGAGGUUUCGGGUUUGUUCACAAGGGCUGUGUUAAUGGUGGACCUGGAAUCGAACUUUCGGUUGCUGUGAAGAAGCUUAAAACUGGAGGGCUUCAGGGACAUAAGGAGUGGCUGAGGGAAGUGAAUUAUCUUGGAAGAUUGCAUCAUCCGAAUCUAGUGAAACUGAUUGGAUACUCCUUGGAAAACGAACACCGCCUUUUGGUUUACGAGCAUAUGCCUAAUGGUAGUCUUGAAAAUCAUUUGUUUGAAAGGGGUUCCAAUGUGCUUUCUUGGUCACUGCGUAUGAAAGUCGCGAUUGGUGCUGCUCGAGGACUAUCCAAAGAAGGUCCAAAAGACAACCGUUCACAUGUGACAACUGAAGUCAUGGGUACCGAAGGUUACGCAGCUCCAGAAUAUCUAGCAACAGGUCAUCUAACAACGAAAUGUGAUGUCUACAGCUUCGGUGUAGUGUUGCUAGAGAUUCUCUCUGGACGUCGAGUCAUAGACAAAUCCAAAGCACGGGAAGAAGAAAGCCUAGUGGAAUGGGCAACACCUUACUUGCGAGACAAGCGAAAAGUGUUUAGGAUAAUGGACACAAAGCUUGUGGGUCAAUACCCUAAGAAAGCAGCAUUUAUGAUGUCUUUCUUGGCUUUACAAUGUAUCGGAGAGGUUAAGGUUAGACCAUCCAUGAUUGAGGUCCUAUCUCUUCUUGAGAAAGUUCCGAUUCCAAGACAUAGAAAGAGUAGAAGCAAAGGUUUUGCUUAUACUAACUCUGCUUCUAUGUCUUCAAAACGGUUUCUCAGACACCCUAAGGACUAAAAAUGAAAAUGGAGUAUAAACCUUUUUUUGUUAC